CACGGACUGUCCGUGACAACGGGGGUUGGAAUGGGGGAAAGCUGCUAAACUGGCAGAGCAAGAGGGGGAGUCCGAGGCAACACGUGACUCUCGGAGUAACGGAGGGAGGAUGAGCUGCAGGGAGCGCUGAGUGUCCAGCUGCAGAGAGAAGUGCGGAGGGCUUCAUUCAGCCGGAGCUCGGGCUGUGUAUGUGUUGGUGCCCGGCUCUGAAAAAGAAUGCCUCUGGUUAAAAGAAACAUCGAUCCUCGGCACUUGUGCCAUACUGCUCUUCCCAGAGGAAUCAAGAAUGAACUGGAAUGCGUUACUAACAUUUCACUGGCCAAUAUAAUUAGGCAGUUAAGUAGUCUAAGUAAAUAUGCAGAAGAUAUAUUUGGUGAACUUUUUAAUGAGGCACACAGUUUCUCCUUCCGAGUUAACUCUCUUCAAGAACGUGUAGACAGGUUAUCUGUUAGUGUAACACAGCUUGACCCAAAAGAGGAAGAACUGUCUUUGCAGGACAUAACAAUGAGAAAAGCGUUUCGGAGUUCAACUAUUCAAGAUCAGCAACUGUUUCACCGCAAGACCUUGCCCAUUCCUCUUCAUGAAACUUAUGAAAUAUGUGAACAUCCUCCACCCCUUAAUAUAUUAACUCCCUACAGAGAUGACGGCAAAGAGGGCUUAAAGUUUUAUACCAAUCCAUCCUACUUCUUUGACUUAUGGAAAGAGAAGAUGUUGCAGGAUACAGAAGACAAACGGAAAGAAAAGAGAAAGCAAAAACAAAAGAAUAUUGAUCGUCCUUAUGAACUAGAAAAAGUGCCUCGGGCUCCCCAUGACAGACGUCGCGAAUGGCAGAAGUUGGCUCAGGGAUUGGAAUUGGCUGAGGACGAUGUAGACCUUCAUCUUCAUCAUAAACAUAUAGAAAUUGCUAAUGGGCCAGCUUCUCAUUUUGAUGCAAGGCCCCAGGCAUAUGGUGAAAACAUGGAUGGACCCUUCUCACUUGCAGCACUACCAUUCAGUCAGAUGAAUGAUCUUCUAAACAGAGUUGAAGACAGGGUGUUGGUGAGACCUCAUGAACCACCACCGCCUCCACCAGUGCAUGCCCCUGGGGAUGGAAAAGCAAUGCCUCAAAUUAUUAGUGCAACACCAGGAUUAAAUGAGAACAGACCACAGUCUCCAGCCAUGGGCAGAACACCAGGCUUCGCCAGCCCUUCUCCUCCACCACCACCUCCUCCGCUACCUCCACCACCUCCACCCCUUCCAUCUGCUCUUUCGGCUUCCUCAUUACGAUCAUCAAUAUCUUCUACACCUCCCCCACCAAUCCCACCACCACCUCCACCACCUACAACUACCAUUCAGACUACUGUUGUCCCUCCUCCACCAACACCCCUCCAGAUUGCUCCUGGUGUCCUCCACCCAGCUCCACCUCCUAUAGCACCUCCACUUGUACAAGCAUCUCCUCCUGUUACACGGGUUACUCAGAUCAGCGAGAAUGCUCCAGCUCCACAGAUAGAAGCAGCAGGGCUGCCCCCACCACCUCCUCCUCCACCCUUACCUCCUCCUGGAAUGCGUCCUUCUUCCCCUAUUGCAGUCCCACCUCUUUCUCACCCUGGUGGGGCAGUCCACCCUGUUGCUUCCAUUGUACCUGGUUCACAUGUUCCAUCACCACCAUCACAAGCCCCUGAGCCUAAGAGACACCCCUCAACACUCCCAGUCAUCAGUGAUGCUAGAAGUGUACUUCUGGAAGCAAUAAGGAAAGGAAUUCAACUUCGCAAAGUAGAAGAACAGCGUGAACAAGAAGCUAAACACGAACGCAUUGAAAAUGAUGUAGCCACUAUCCUCUCGCGGCGCAUUGCUGUGGAAUAUAGUGAUUCAGAAGAUGAUUCUGAGUUUGAUGAGGUGGAAUGGCUAGAAUAGAAUAUAGCAUAGAAAAUGCUCAAGAUAUAAACUACAAACUGGAAUGCAGAUGUAAACUGUGGUGCUUGUCCAUUGAAAAUGUUUGGUUAUUUCUAGUGUUUUGUAUCUCUAUUACUUUUCACCACCAGACUAAAUCAUGUUUUUUUUUGUACUUUUAGUUUACAGUAAAACUAGAAAUCUUGACAUUUUUCAGUGGCUUUUUACACUUCUUUGGAGGACUGUAAUCUUUCAAUAGACCACUAAGUAUUACAAUUGGGCAGCUGUCAAGUUGUAGAAUAGGAAGGUUAUUAUUUUUUUAAUGUACUACUUGUGCACUUUGUGAAUUUUAAGUUAAUGAAGGAAACCGGAGAUUGAAAUUCCAAGGGCAGCUUGUAUCUAACUAAAAUGAGCCUUAUUUAAUUUAAAAAGAAUUGUUUUUACAACCUAGUUGUCAAAUCCCACUGCUAUACAUUAGGUCAUUACACUGAGAAAAUACUUUAAAAUGUUAGAAAUGAAGAACAAAAGAAUUGUACUACAAGCCUGUUUCUAAAAAAGUUGGGACACUGUGUAAAAUAUUAGUAAAAAGUGAUUGGGAUGAUUGAUCAUUUAAUCCAUAUAUGUAAUUGCAAAUAGUACAAUGAUAACAUAUCAAAUGUUCAAUGUUGAAACUGAAAAAUGUUAUUUUAUUUUUUUUUGUUAAAUAUAUGCUUAUAUUAAAUUUGAUCCUAGCAACAUGCUUCAAAAAAUUAUGGUAUGGGGCAUGUUUCCCGCUGUGUUGCAUCAACUCUUCUUUUAACAUCAUUCUGGGAGCUGUGGAGACCAAUUGCUGUAGUUUUGAAAGUGAAAUAUUCACUUCUUGCCUGAUAAAGGAUUUCAGCUGCUGAACAGUUCAAGGUCUCCUUUAUCAUAUUUUCCCUUUCAUAUGCUCCAAAUUAUUUCAGUGUGUGACAGGUCUGGGCUGCAGGCAGGCCAGUUUAGCACUAUGGAGCCUUGCUGUUAUAGUGCAGAAUGCACUUUGGCAUUGUCUUGCAGUUCUGCUUUGCCUCAGUCCAUCUUUGCAUGGUAGAAUUGUAACUUGCAUUUGAGGAUACGGCAACAAGCCGUGUUCACAGACAAUGUUUUUGGAAGUAUAUCUGAGUCCAUGCAGUAAUUUUUCACUAUAGAAUAGUGUCUGUUUUUAAGCAGUGCGUCUGAGGUCCCCAAGAUCACAGGCAUCCAAUAAUGGCUUUAGCCUUUGUCUCUUGCAUAAAGAGAGAUUUCCAGAUUUUCUGAAUAUUCUGAUGAUGAUAUGUGAUAUUAUCAAAUCUCCAAAUUCUUUGUAAUUUUACGUUGAGGAACAUUAAAAUUUGCCCACAAAGAGUUUCACAGAGCCAGCCUCUGUAGGAUUCUCUAUUUAUGCCCAAUAAUGUUGCUGACCUGCUUCUAACUGGUGAGAUGUUCUUUAGCAUUACAAAACUUUUCUAGUUCUUUCAUUGCCCAUGUUCUAACUUUUUUGAAUGUGUUGCUGGUAUCAAAUUCAAAACAAGCAUAUAUAUAUAUAUAUAGUUAAGUAAAAAUACAAUUUCUCAGUUCCAUCAUUUGAUAUGUUGGUUUUGCACUGUUUGAUGUCAAAUUAACUUAAUUGAUUUGCAAAUCAUCCCAUUCUCUUUUUAUUUAUAUUUAAUACAGUGUACAAACUUUUUGAAACAGGGUUGUAUUUUUUUUUAUGGCUUUAUAUGAAUGCUAAGUUUUUUUUAUGUACAUGUUGUAUGGUACUUCUUUGCCUGUAUACUAAAUAAAAAAAAAAAAUAAAAUCCAUGUGAAAUAUUAUUUUAAACAUUCUGUGUAACUUAUGUAACUGUCUAAGAACAGUUUGAUUUAAUAAAUUCAUCAUUUUAAAUGGA